AUGGCUUCGCUUCUGCUAUUUAGGGAUGGCACGCCUUCGCUAUCGGUUCCAUCCCCUAGGCCGCUCGCUGGCACGGUUAUUGCAGUGAUCCUAUCAUUCGCUGCUAUUACUAUUCUAUCAUGCUUCAUCACACAACGGGCGCUUGCCGUAAAGACAUGGUCGCGUCUAUCGCUUGUCACGUUAUUGGUCUUCGCAAUUUAUGUCGAUUCCUGGGCCUUCGUGUUCGGGUCGAGUAUUGUCGACUACGGCAUAGGCGUCGACUCGAACUUAGGCGUCUGCUCGGCGGCCAUUUUGCUGUGCUUGUUCUUCUAUGUAACGACUAAAUUAAUCUAUAUUUUCCAGGUCGAAAAAGCUUUUCUACUUCAGGGCGGCACGAAACGACGGGUCGAGUCUAAGCUCUACAUUUUCAACUUGUUUGGUGUGCUCACUAUAUUUGCGGUUAUAUGUAUUUUGACUUUCAUCUACCGUACAGCGCAAAUGAACAAGGGACAGUGUAUCAUUGGAAUGGAGAAACAGGCUCUGAUACCUCUCAUAGCACUUGAGACUGUGGCAAAUGUCUAUAUCAUGGCGCUAUUAUUGAAUCCGCUAUGGAAUAUCUACUCGCUCAAGGGCGCCUCUAACGCACCGGCCAACCCCCCUGGUCUACGCUUGGCAGCAAUACGGACCUUCGUUGGCGCUCUAUUUACUACUACCUCAACUAUAGUAAACCUUAUAGUUCUUAUGGUGCUCAACGGUGAGCCUGGUUGGAUUUUCCUCGCGUGUUGUAAUGCGGAUAUCCUAUUCUCUGCGUUGAUUAUCCAAUGGGUCAUAUCACGCGACGAUAAUAAUACCAUCGCCUCCUCUUCCCCUACUUCCAACCCCCCCGACAGCCAAGCCACGUAUCGUCCGCCCCCGCGCACACCAUCGCUUCCUAGUCGGCGCAGCCAGAAACGCGCCAUCUCGCUACCGUUGAAAACGACUAGUACCUCGCAGUACGAGCACAUCUUCGGGGAAAUCGAGCCCGAGACCGAGACCGACGUCGUGAGUGCGAGCAGCGUGUCUAAGCACAAGGCCGGGUCCUCGCGCUUCGAUGAGGAUAACGAUGGUUUCCACACCCCUAUCAUCUACGACGGCCUAGAGGGCGAUAUCAGCGAUGGAGCUAGGAACGAGAGAGCAACCAGCAGCAUCUGGACAAGCCCACCACCACCACCAUCUGCAGGAGCGGACGCAAGGGCGGACGGCCGAGAUUCAGGCAAAUCGCUUACUUCUACCCAAACCCCCACGCACGAAGGUCCCUCUGCUGUCUCGGCAGCGGUGGCCGCGGACCUGGAGCGGAUACGCCGGUAUCGGGGCCGGCGGACGAAUUGGUCCUCCACUACCGCCACGACCUCCACGCCACCGCCGCCGCCGACGUCGACAUCGAUAACGUCAAGGUCGCACAGCCCCGCACCAGUACCACGAGCAUCACGAUCGCGGCCAGCGGCGCGCGGGAGCGGGAGCGGGAGCGUGCGCGAGUACUACAUUAGCCAGCUGGACUUCGAAGAAGGAGGGGACGCGGGGUCGCGAUGGCACGAGCUCAUCCAAACCGAAGAAGAGGGGCGCGGGGAGAACGGCGAGAGGGUGGGUUGGAUCUAAUUAAUUUGGAAACGCGAAAGACCAAAAAAAAAAAUUGCAAUCAGUCAGUCAGUCAGUCAGAGCGAAAGGAAAAAAGGGGGGAGUAGGCAAAAAGCAUGUGAUCUAUGUGAUGACCCGCGAUACGCUCGCAUAAUUCGGAACCAAAAGCAUAUGCGGCAUAAUUGACAGAAAGAGAGGGGGAAAGUCGGUGCUUAGAUCAUGGUUGGCAACCUGCACCUAUCUAUAAGAAUUUCGCAUGACCUGGUUCCGUGUUUAUAUUAUAGUCUCGGGGUUAUAUACGUUAGGUAUGUUAGGUAGCUAAGGUUAUGU